AUGAUCCCUUCGAAAAUUGAAAUGACUAUAAUACCCUUGGGAUCUAUAGUAGCAGCGACAGUGAGCGGUGAUGGCAGCUUCGUUGCUUCCACUUCCUGUUCCGACGAGUUCAAUGAGGAUGGAGGCAAACUGAGAUGGGUACGACGGAGGGAAGAAGUAGCGGUGGAAGUUCGUGGGUGGCAGGCCUUGGUUGCGUUGCUAUCUUCUUCGUUUUCUGGGCAGCAGGUCGUCGAGAGGGAGGUAGUAGGAGAUGGGAUGAGGUUUGAUGUUGUUUGGUGGUGA